AUGGAGGACACCAGAGCCUGGCGUGCUCCCGCUCUGAGCAACUUUCCUUUCUUAGCUACGCUUUGCCUUGCAGGGGCUCUGAUGGGUAUGACAUCAGCCUUUGCCAUACUCUAUUUUGCAAAUGACAGUCGGGUCGACAAAUGGCCUAUAGCGCCGACAGUUUUCCUGUCCAUUAUUGCUGCGCUGACCAACCGCAUGAUCAGCGCCGCCUUUCGUUACGCCUCAGAUAUCCACUGGUGGUCCAGGCUGAUUGAAGGUGUUACGAUCCAGGAACUGCAUACCCUCUGGGAUCUAGCUUAUAAUCCCAUUUCUCUCCUGACUAGCUUCCCUGAAAACCGGAUACAUCCUCUUGUUCGCUUCGGCGCAAUAUUCCUUUCCCUCACUGCAGUCAACGGGCCCUUUCUCCAACGAGCCAUCACAGUUGAACUUGAGAACCGCAUGUCGGUGCAUUCUGAGAUUCUUCCAAUUCGACAGCAGCCCAUGUGGAAUCUAACGACAAAAGUUACGGGAAAUAUCGGCCAUGUCUGGACGGUACCGCCGUACCAAGAUGAAAUCGCCGAGAUUGCGCUUGAACUUAGUCAACGUCAACCGAUGAGACUUCAGUCAUCAGUGUGCAGUGCUAACUCGACCUGCUCAACGAAUGUGGCCAUUGCCGGGUUCAAUAGGAUGUGCGAAGAGUCUACCACCCGCGUAGCAAACCUUUCUUCCGUGGACGUUGCUAAGUACAUCCGAGUGAGAAACGAAAUGAGAGACGACAUGCACUAUUGCCCCUAUACUGCCGGUGCUGAGGGCGAUUCCGAUAAAAUAAUAGUUUCGGGGAAGAAUAUGAGUUCCUACUGCAGACUUCUAGAGACAGUGUUCCAGCUCUCGAUUCACGAUUUGAAACCAUCUUUCACUGAAGACAACGCCACCGCGCCCCCAUGGGAUUUACCUUGGAAGGCUCCUGGAAUGGCGCCGUCAAUAAUCCAGUAUACAAGUUACAUUCGCCGGGAAGCACGGAGUGAGGAGAUUCUAACUCGAAAUUGCAAUUUCUCCACAGCAUUUGUGCAGCUGCCCAUUGAGAUAACCAACGGGAGCGUCGUGACUCUACUAUCGAGCAAGGUGGCUCGUCUAGAUGAUAUUAGAGGUGAAGAAUCUAUUCCCCACGCGAUACGCGGUCCCACCUCACAGCAACAUAAUAUUUUCCUAGGAGGAAUAAUUCAAAUUUUAAAGGACCAGUAUGAUGGCUAUAUAAUGCAUGACACCAAUGAGCUUUCACAUGUCAUGCAAGGCUCUAGCCCUCGGCAGUAUGUGAAUCAGAGCAGUAUAGAGGUUCUCAACCCCAAUGUUGAUGGCCCAGAGAAAACUUAUUUAUUCUCAAUGCUGGAUCCUUUGGAGGAUUUCACGAGGACAAUAAACGAGAUAUCAUUGCGAUAUGCGCUGAAGCCGCUCCCUGAUGAUGAUAAGGCACGCACGCAGGAGCUGGCCGAUUAUGUCCAAUUCCAAACACAGUCAGGUCGACGUGGAGAUAAUCGCCCAAACGCAAUACCGUUGAUGAAUACCAAUUUUUCAAAAACGGCAGACGUUGAAUUACAAGAGAACCAGACGGUUGCGGUGUACCGGUCCCAGUAUGUUUUUACGGCCGUGGCAAUGGGUUUAAUUGCCAUCUCCUCCGCGUUUAUCAUGAUGCUUCUACAGGGCUGGCGUCGCCUCGGCCGUCAGACCAGUCUGGCGCCGCUGGAAAUUGCCAAGGCGUUCGACGCACCACUUUUGUCAGAUGUUCCAAGCAACUCGACAGGAAACGAGGUGGCCGCCGGGCGAUUAAGAGACCUAACAGUGAAGUAUGGCGAGGUCUACCUGUCUUCCAAGGCACACACAGAGAGGGGGGGUUUGUUGGAAUCGCAAGAGACGUUUAUCCUCCCGGGGUCAGAUGUGGAAAGUCACACGAACCUCUUGGAGACUUCAUCAGCAAUUGAGUUAACAGAGGAGAUGGGGGAUAUACACAGAAGGAUCCAGGGACCGAAGUUAACAGUCGAGGUUGCUGACUUAGUGGCUAAACCUCAGAGCGGAACCAAGUAUCAUUGA